AAAAAGAAUCCACCAGUUUUUUUUUUUUACCAGUUAACGUUUUGCUAAAGACAAGGAGCAUGUCGUCAUCUUCCACCUUCUACUCUCUCUCUCUCUUUUCGUGACUCCAUUACGGUGUUUACAGUAAACUCUGAAAACUCAAACGCACAAAACCAUACAUCCAAACAAACACUAUCCGUCGUUCUCUCUCCUUCGGAGAAAAAGGGAAAAAAAAAAAGAAAAUCUCUUGCGUUGUAAUUAUUUUCGAGUUAUGGCUAAAAUCAUACUGUAAAAAAUAUUCUAUCUCCAAUGAUGGACGCAGAUAGACCCCAUCGUAGCAGUAGCAUCAACAGCAACAAUAGCGGCAGUAACGCAUCGAGCGAGCUUUUCAUUUGCUUCACCUCGCGCCUUUCUUCCUCUUCCUCCAUGAAAAUAUCUUCGAAGUCUAUUCUCAGCCCCGGCCGUACAAGGGAACCCUCUCAAAUCUCUCUCUCUUCCUCCCUCAGCAGGAGACUCAGGAGUAAUGGCAGCAUGAAAGGUGGCCAAGCCUCCCCAAUGUUCCCCACCAACGGCAAGAAACGUGGCUGCGCUUUUGAAAACCCUGAACCAUCUUCUCCUAAAGUUACUUGUAUAGGCCAAGUCAGAGUCAAGACCAAGAAGCAGAGCAAGAAGAUUAGAGCGAGAUCUAAGAGAAGAGGGGAAGUCAGUUUUAGGAAAGUAGACCAGAAUAGCAGAGGCAACAAUGUAGAGAGCUGUGUAAAUCAGGAGUACAAUCUGGAUAGUCAGUUUCACCAUCACCAGCAGCAGCAGCAGCAGCAGCAGCAGCAGCCUCAGGAGUGUUUGCCGCACAGGAAUCAGAGAUGGGUCCAUUUACCCAUCACAAUAUGCGAAGCGUUAAGGGCAUUCGGUGCUGAAUUCAACUGCUUCUUGCCCUGCAGGUCUUCUUGCAUGGCGAAUCAGAGGGAUAAACAAGGGAAAGCUUUGGGGUCAGCCGGGAACGGUAAUGGAAACAGCAGUUCCUGCGGGGCAGUAUUUGCGCGGUGGCUGGUUGCGGUGCAAGAAGGAGAAGGGAAAGCGAGGGAGAUAGAGUUGGUGGUCGGAGAAGAAGAGGAGGAAAGGAGAGACAGCAUGAACAGUCCCACGGAGAGGAGAAGGAGACACAUAUUUGAUAAUAUUGAAAUCGACGAACUCGAAAUCGAGAACGCACAAUGCCAGGACAAGAACGAGGAAGAGGAAGCCAGAGUCAGCAUCUGUAUACCGCCCAAGAACGCGUUGCUGCUGAUGCGUUGCAGAUCUGACCCAGUGAAGAUGGCAGCUCUCGCUAACCGGUUCUGGGAGUCACCCAUGCCUCCAGAUGAAGAUGAACAAGGAGAGAAAGAAGAAGAAGAAGAAGAAAAACAAGGAGAAGAAGAAAAAGAAGAAGAAGAAGAAGAAGGGGAAGAAGAAGAGGAAGAAGAAAAUGAGCAAAAACAGAGGGAUACGGAACUCAGAGGAGAGCUGCAAGUGGGAGUUGAGCGAGAAACAGAGCAUGAAGAUCGGGCUGAGGUAUGUGAAAGAGCGACUACUUCUGAAUCUAUUGAAAAACAAGAAAACCAGCAAGCGGAAACAAGUUCAGCUUUGCAGACAGAAGAAACUGAAGAUGAAGGAGAAAGUGAUGACCAAGGAACAAGCCCUGAUAUCUUCAAUGCAUCGGAAAGUAGCGCCUAUAAGAAUCGAGAAGAUGGACAUGAGGCAGAGGCAGAAAGCCUGUAUACAGAAUCAGUAGAAGCAAAGCAGACAGAAUCAGUAGAGGAAUCUGAGUUGAAUGUUUCACGACCAGAAAUCCUUGACGAUCCAGAAAAUGAAGCUGUCUCAUCUUUGAUCCAUGAAACCGAGAAUGAUCUCGAAAAUGAAGUGGAACAAGAAAAACAUAUUGAAGCUGAAGAUGCAAUCAAAACUAGUACAGAGGAAGAACCUGAAGAAGAUUCAGUGGAGACUCAAGAAUUAACAGUAGUAGCAGCAGAAGAGAAAGGGACAAGUGAGAAAGAGGAGGAAGAAGAGACAGUGACCCAUGAAAGAUCCGUACUUGAAGACCCGGAGGCGCUGGAGCCAAACCCGGGUCCAGAGUCAAAGUUCCCGGGAAGUAAAGAAGAAGAGUCAGCGAGAGAAACGACUCAGGAUCCACUGUUGCCAGACUGCUUAUUGCUGAUGAUGUGCGAGCCAAAGCUGUCAAUGGAGGUAUCCAAGGAGACAUGGGUUUGUAGUACUGAUUUCAUCAGAUGGUUACCGGAGAGGCCGCCCGUCAAGAAGACCAACGUCGGCGAUGAGACGAAGAAGAGAAUCAGCAUAGCUUCGAAAAAUCUUAUGCAGCCCCCGUUUACCACCAAGCCGCCAGCUAACAAGCUACUACUGCAGCCGCCGAGGUCUUCCUGCUCCUUCCCUGCCGCACCUCCAUCUCUAAUAGCGACCAACGGCGGCUCCUCCAUGGCUACAAUGAUUGACCAGAAGCUGGUCGGAGCCAACAGUUACGAGCCGUUCGUUCUCACUCGCUGUAAGUCUGAGCCGAUGAGGUCCUCAACCAAGCUUGCGCCCGAGAAUUGUUUUUGGAAGAAUAGGAAGCUUGAGCCCCAUCGGCCGACGACACUCGGUAUCGGCGCGGCUGGAGUUGGGUUUUGAGCCUGCUUGCAAAGGGUAUAUGGUAAAAAACAAAGUGUGGUAAGUUUGCAUGGGUAAUUGUAGCUUUUCUUUCUUUAUGCAGAGUAAUUUUACUGCAUUUUUAAAGCCUAAUAUGUGUCUGUAAAAAAGUUUUCAUUUUUGAAAUUUACAUUUUCUAGCAAUUCUUUUCAUCUUUUUGGUCCUUUUCCAUUACAUGUACCUCCUUUGAAUUGCAUAUUUUUAUAGCGAGCACAUAACAAGAAGUAUCAAGGAAAA